UCCUUGUAUAUUGAUCCAUUCUCUUCCAAAAUAACCGUUUUUUUCUUCACAAAAUGGACGACCAAAUCACCACCGUGAGCAAACCCUCCGGCACGGCGGCGAAAGCGACCGGCGGCGGUGUACAGCAGUCGUUGGAGACGAUGAAAUCAGAGAGACACGUGUGGCUCAUGAAAUGUCCUCCGAUUGUAUCUCGUUCACUUACGCAAAAACAAUCAGAAUCUUCAACAGAUUCUCCGAUUGGCGCCAAAGUUGUCGUCACCGUUGAUCCGCUUCUUCCUAAUAAUGAUUUCUCCUCUACUCAGUUUACUAUGGAGUUGCUUGGCACCGAAUCAGGGAGAGUACCCAAAUGUUACUCUAUGGACAUGUCAACAGAUUUCAUUCCUAUGUCUGUAUUUUCCGAGUCCAAACAAGGAAGGGUUUCUGUUGAAGGAAAAAUAUAUCAUAAGUUCGAUAUGAAGCCUCAUAACGAAAACAUGGAGGAAUAUGGGAAGCUAUGUCGUGAAAGGACAAACAAGUAUAUGACUAAAACCCGACAGAUACAGGUUAUUGACAAUGAUAAGGGAGCUCAUAUGAGACCAAUGCCAGGGUUGAUUCCUAUAAGACCCCUUUCACAGAAUGAAAAAAGGAAAACUCCGGUAAAAGGAUCAGACACAAAAAGAACAAGAAGGGAUCGCGGAGAAAUGGAAGACAUUAUGUUUAAACUCUUUGAGAGACAAUCGAAUUGGACAUUAAAGCACCUUAUUUCUGAGACGGACCAACCUGAACAAUUCCUGAAAGAUUUGCUUAAAGAUCUGUGCAUCUACAACAACAAAGGAUCGAACCAAGGUACUUACGAGCUCAAACCGGAAUACAAGAGAUCCACUGAAGAACAAGAACAAGAACAAGAACCACCGUCGAAAUAGCUAAUUUGCACGUCUGUUUGUUUGUCAUCUUUAUAAUAUGUUCAUGUGAUUUGCCUUUUUGUUUUGUUGCCAAUAACCAAUUUUUUGCUAAA